AUGCGCGACAAGAUAGAGCUAGAUGCAAGGUAUAUUAGCAGUAAUGCUGAUAUCUGGUACUUCAUUAACUCCUGCCUUGAUAGCGGGCCACAGCAGGUUGUAGCUACCUUCUACGCAGCAGGAGGUCCAGGUGGGCAGAAGGACUCUGUUGAAUUCCUGAAGUACCUUGACCGGACGUAUAAGGACCUAAAUAUAGAUCUACAGGCAGCAACCACGCUACGAACCCUUCGCCAGCGAGACGAUCAGUCUCUAUCCUCCUUUCUACCCUGGUUUGAGCGAACACUAGCUGAGGCUGGUGGCGCUGACUGGGCAGAUAAAGCUAAGAUAGCCUUCCUUGAAGGGGCCCUUAGUACUCGUCUUAAGAGGGGUCUGAUCUAUAUUGAACUUCCUAAGGACGACUACCACAGAUGGCUUCUCAAAGUUCAGGAUUUCGCUAUUAAGCUUGAAAGCCUACCUCAGCAGGCGCAUAAGGGUACCCCACCUUAUUCGAAAGCACCACAACCUGGCCAACAAGACGCAGACGGAGAUAUGGCGAUGUCUGGCGUUAGCCGCGCUAAGGGCAAGGAGAGGGCAAGGCCACGUCGCCAACGUAGCAGCUCCUCCUCAUCUGAAGACCUGCAACAACCAAAGAAGGACAGUCGCUGUUGUUACAACUGUAACCAGAUCAGCCAUAUCGCUAUAUGGUGCCCUAGGCGGAAGCCUCUCAGCCCUACGAAGGCUAAGAAGGUCAAAAAGGUCAAGAAGGACCCUAAGCCUGAAGGAAGCAGUAAUGAUAAUGCUACAGAGGAGCCAGGAAGUUCUGAGGCUGAAGAAAGCUUGGGAAAAGAGUAA